AACAAUCAUGGCGGUCUGUAGUCGGCCAUUGCGUUCUACACUGAACGCGCACUCGUCUCCCGCUCAAAUCUUUUGAAUUACGAACGUUUGUGGUUUAGUGUUUUUUUUUUAACAUAAAGGAACUUUUUUUGUAACUGAAAUGGAUUUACUUAGCAAGAUUCGCAGUCACCAGAGAACACCCUCAGGUUCCCGGGACUUCAAAGAGGCGACCAAGCGCGAUGCCCUCACCCGGCUCGAGGUGGAGCUAGAGAGACUCCUGGCUUCAGUGCACGAGACCAGAAGACCCCUCGUCGAGAAGGAGUUCAGGGGUUUCAAGAACUUGUUCAGCAGAUUUUUGGCAGAACAGGGUCCAUCUGUAACGUGGGAGAAAAUCCAGAAGCUUCCAGAGGGGGCUGUCAUCGACUACUCGUCACUAACCACCCCCACCACAGACAAUGUUCACCACAUGCUGGAUAAGCUGGUGGUAGUCAAACUCAAUGGUGGUUUGGGAACGUCUAUGGGUUGCAAAGGUCCUAAGUCUGUGAUACAAGUCAGAAAUGAUUUGACCUUCUUGGAUCUUACUGUACAGCAGAUUGAGCACCUAAACAAAACCUACAAAUGCAACGUGCCCCUAGUGUUAAUGAACUCGUUCAACACCGACGAGGACACGCAGAAGGUCAUCCGCAAGUACCAGGGCCUCAAGCUUGAGAUCCACACCUUCAACCAGUCCUGUCACCCGAGGGUCAAUAGGGAGUCACUGCUGCCAGUGCCCAGGCAUGCUGACGUACAGGCUGACAUUGAGUCAUGGUACCCCCCCGGUCACGGAGACUUCUACGAAUCCUUCUACAACUCAGGCCUUCUCCAGAAAUUCAUCAAAGAAGGCAGGACUUACUGCUUCAUCAGCAACAUCGAUAACUUAGGAGCCACCGUGGACCUCAACAUUUUGAACCUACUCCUCAACCCUGACCCCGUGAAGACUGUCUCCGAAUUCGUUAUGGAAGUCACUGAUAAGACCAGGGCCGACGUUAAGGGAGGUACCUUAAUACAAUAUGAGGAUAAGCUAAGACUACUAGAAAUUGCUCAGGUACCGAAAGAGCAUGUUGAUGACUUCAAAUCAGUUAGCCAGUUCAAAUUCUUCAACACAAAUAACUUAUGGGCGAAAUUGGAUGCUAUUCAGAGGGUAGUCGAACAAGGCUCCUUAAAUAUGGAGAUUAUUGUGAACAACAAGCAUUUAGCUGAUGGUCUCAACGUUAUACAGUUAGAGACAGCAGUCGGAGCCGCAAUGAAGUGCUUCGAAGGAGGCAUAGGGGUGAACGUGCCUAGAUCUCGGUUCUUACCUGUCAAAAAGACCUCGGAUCUCUUACUAGUGAUGUCCAAUUUGUACAGUUUGUCCCACGGUUCGCUAGUGAUGUCCCCACAAAGGAUGUUCCCAUCGACACCUUUAGUGAAGCUAGGAGAUAAUCACUUUGCUAAGGUUAAGGAGUUCCUGAACAGAUUUGCUACGAUACCUGACCUGAUUGAGUUGGAUCAUUUGACUGUGUCCGGAGAUGUGACUUUCGGUAGAGGAGUGUCUUUGAAGGGAACAGUAAUAAUAAUAGCGAACCACGGAGACAGGAUCGACAUACCAUCGGGUGCCCUGCUUGAGAACAAAAUCGUCUCCGGCAACCUUCGUAUCCUCGACCAUUAAGCACCAACUAUUUAGCUAAUAUACCUCUACUAACGGUGGUAUUCAAUAACCUAUCUAUUCGUACUUACUAGAGAUAGAAUUUUGACAUAACUUUGUUUAUGCUUAAUGUCAAAAUUCUAUCUCUGAUUAGCAAAACCGCAGAUAAGUUACUGAAAUCUGCCUUAAAUUGUAAUGCCUAUAGGUCUAGAUUUGUUGAAAUGAAACUUCUUUGAAUGAUUUGAGGAGGAAAUAAAAUAGACUACUCCUUUUUUGGAAGUAAUUUAAAUGUUUUUUUUGUGUUACGUUUUUGUUUCUAUAAUAAUGUGGCGUAUACUGUGUUCCGGGUUAUUUUGUAACUAAAAGUUGUUGUAAAUUAAAAUAUAUUUGCGCGUGUACUAAACAAAAAUGAACUUGAAACUUGAUGAUAUUUUGAGUGAAAAAGUAAGGUCUAAGAACUUAGAAGAAUGAAAUUCGAAACUUUGUGGUUUUUAAAGAAGUUUCAUUUCAUUUGCGUCUAAAGAGGUGCGCGUUUUUUAUAUGUCUAUGUAUUUGUCUAUUACAAUUGCGUUAGUUGCCCAUAGACUAAGUAGUUCCAUAUUCAAACAAAAAUUGAACUUACGAAAUUGCAUAAGAAUAAAAUUGAGGAUUACCUAUGUAUCAUGAAUUUUGUAAAAAAGUUGGUUGUUUUUUGGUUUUAAUUGGUAUAAUUAUUGAAAUUGAGAUUUAAGGCAUUUGAAAAUUGAUUAUGAACAUAUUUAUUGGGUCGUUUUUUAAUAUUAUUGUAAAGUUUUCUAUUUAUUCAUAUUUUCUAUUUAAACUUUUGCUAUAUAAAUAGAGUUAUUAGCACAAUUAUAUAGCAUCGAAAUAUUCUAAUGAAAUAUUAUGUAAUUGCUAAUAUUGUGUUGUACUAAGAUUUUUCUUAGAAACAAUUUAUUUAUAAACCAGAAUACUUUUUUACAAGAAAUAUGUUUUAUGAUCAUAAAAAAAAAAUGAUUUGAGUAUCCUAUCUUUAUUUAUUGAUUUAUGUUUAAUAAAACGUAUUUUUCUACACUUUUAAUAUUUGUUUUUACAACCUUUGAUUUUUUUUAUGCCCCAAGUUGCCAAUUGUUAUUUGCUUUCUUAUAGGCUCAAUUCACACUAAAAGAGCGGCGAAGGGCAGCGAAGCGAAGCGCGGUUUGAGUGUCAUUUGAAUUUUUACUUUAUUCCCAUUACUAUAAUGUAUAUUUUCGCAUGAGAAACUCGAACGAGUCGCGCCGCGGGAAGUCCCGGGCAUCCGCGCGACUCUUUUGAAAAUUCAAAUGACACUCAAACCGCGCUUCGCUUCGCUGCCCUUCGCCGCUCUUUUGGUGUGAAUUGAGCCUUAAUUAUUUGUUGCUAAAGUGAAAAAAAUAACAUAUUGGGUUUAUUGUUUGCUAAAAAUUGUUUUUUAGGUAUAUUACUCUUUUAUUACGUUUAUACUACUUACCAGUUAAUAUCAUAAAUAUGGUUUGAAGAAUAUGAAAAAGAAAAAAUAUUCUUCAUCAUAUUUUAAAUUAUUAUACUUAAAUAUGGCCGAUUUAUUACACUUACUUCCAAAAUAUGCGACUUGUAUCUGUAAAAUAGAUGUUUAUUAUUACUCCUAAUAGUGAUUAAGUUCAUUACAUACAUACAUUUCAGUCAAAUAUGUAUUUUAGAAGAUAUCAUUAAUCAUAAAAUAAAAUAAAAUUGUUCUUCAAAAAAUGAGCAAUUUUAUUACUCUGUUAAUGAAUAUAAAGUGGCACCUUAAUCGACUCUUAAAAAUAUGAUUCGGUUAUAUCGAUAGAAAUAUCUGUCGAGAGUGACAUCACUAGCAAGGUUACUCAGUGAAGAGUAAAUACUGUUCUAUUAAGUAGUUUUAAUCUAAGCAAGUUAGUGCCAUUAGCUAAGUAGGUAAAACUGUUGUAAUAAAUAUUAUUAUGUUUUCA